AUGGAUAACGUUGCCGAGAUUGAGCAGGAGUUGGAAGGAGUCACACAGAUGCAUGUGGCUGCUGUCAAUGGAGAUAAAGCCUUACUUGCCAAACAAAUAGUCUCAAGUACUCAGGAAUUAGAUACAGGUGAUCAGUUUGGGCGGACUCCUCUCAUGUUCUGUGUGUUGGCUGAUAGACUGGAUUGUGCUGAGCUGUUAUUACGAGCAGGGACCCAGGUUAAUAGAUCUGACAAAGGAGGUAGAACAGCACUACAUUGGGCAGCUCAUAAAGGCAAUAAUCGAUUGCUGAAGUUAUUAUUAUCCAAGGGGGCUGACAUCAAACAGAAAGAUAAUGAAGGUCAAACAGUUCUCCAUCUGUGUACACGACAUAAAUCUACAAAAUGCAUGAAUUUGUUACUACGGCAACUGUCCCCAGGGGAAAUUGAUGAUCAAGACAAGAAAAAGAGGACAGCUUUACACUGGGCAGCUUCCUAUGGCAAUGUGGAACAUGUAAAACUUUUAAUUUUACAGGAUUCAAACAUAGGUAUACCUGCUAUAGAAGGUAAAACUCCUUUACAUUGGGCAGCUAGCUGUAUGGAUCCAGAAGCUCCUAGUUGUGUCAGACUUAUAUUGGAAACGACACCGACUGUUAUAAACUGGCCAGAUUAUGAAGGGAGAACAGCCUUACAUUUAGCAGUGGCUGAUGGGAAUGAAUCUAUUGUGAAAGUGCUAAUUUCUGUUGUAAACAGUAAUAUAUCAGCUUUAGAUAAUAUGUUUAGAACACCUCUACAUUGGGCUGCAGUUUUAGGUAAGAAGCUUAACACUGGUUUCAGGAAUAGUGAACGAACACCUUUACAAUGUGCAGCUUAUGGUGGCUAUGUUAAUUGUAUGUCUGUUCUAAUGGAACAUAAAGCUGAUCCUAAUGAUCAAGACAAUGAGGGAAUGACAGCUCUACACUGGGCCUGUAGUAAAGGUCAUCUUGAUGCUGUUAAACUUCUGAUGGAGUAUAGAGCAUUUCCAAACCACAUGGAGUUUACUGAAGAGAGGUACACUCCAUUGGAUUAUGCUUUGAUGGGGGAGCACCAUGAUGUGGCACAGUAUAUGAUUGAACAGGGGGCACUGUCGAUUACGGGUAUUCAUGAUAUUGCAGCUCUGAAAAUACAGGUAUUAAUUUUUCACUACUGA